CGAAUCAGGAAUGUUCUUCUUCUUCUUCUCAUUCUCCCGUUGACGCUGAUUCGAAUCCCGACGGCUCGGAUCUUGUUCGCUCCCCUCUGCGGCGGCGGCGGCAGGCGACGGCGGAGAUGUUGGUGACGGAUGCGGCGGCUCUGUUGGAAUGCCUGCUCCCGUCCUGGUGGGAGGUGCAGGUCACCUUCGUCGCCGCGGCCUUCUUCGUGUUCGCGUACUGGUUUUUCACCCUCCCCGGCUUUGACGACCUCCGCUCCUCCCGCGGCUUAGCGUCCGUUGGCGAAGAUCGUGACAAGUUUGGCCAGUUAAGAGAUGAUUACCAAAGUACUUCAGCAUACAUUAUUAAGGUCGAACUGCUAGCAGCUAAGAAUCUUGUUGCUGCUAAUCUGAAUGGCACAUCAGAUCCAUAUGCAAUCAUUGCUUGUGGCACUCAAAAGCGUUUCAGUUCAAUGGUUCCUGGUUCAAGAAAUCCUAUGUGGGGAGAGGAGUUCAAUUUUUCUGUUGAUGAACUUCCUGUCGAGAUCAAUGUUACGAUAUAUGAUUGGGAUAUAAUAUGGAAAAGUGCAGUUCUUGGCUCAGCAACCAUUCUAGUUGAAAAGGAAGGUCCUACUGGAGCCAUAUGGCAUUCAUUGGACAGCCCAUCGGGGCAGGUAUGUCUUCAUAUUGAAACAAUAAGAUCAAAAACAAAUUCUUUUAGAGGCUUGAGUGGUUUUGGUGAUGCUCGUACUCAAAAGAGACUUAGUUUGGAAAAUCAGGGACCAACUGUAGUUCACCAGAAGCCAGGACCAUUACAAACAAUAUUUGAACUCCCCGCUUAUGAGGUUGUUAAACAUAGUUAUUCCUGUGCACUUGAGAGGUCUUUUUUGUAUCACGGGCGUAUGUAUGUCUCCUCAUGGCACAUCUGCUUCCACUCUAAUGUAUUCUCAAAGCAAAUGAAGGUAAUCAUUCCAUUUGGUGAAAUAGAUGAGAUUAGGAGGAGCCAACAUGCAUUCAUUAAUCCUGCUAUCACAAUAGUUCUCCGUGUUGGAGCAGGGGGCCAUGGUGUGCCACCUUUAGGAAACCCAGAUGGUAGAGUCCGGUAUAAGUUUGCUUCAUUUUGGAACAGAAACCAUGCACUGCGAGGGUUGCAGCGUGCAACUAAGGACUAUCAUGCAAUGUUAGAAGCGGAGAAGAAGGAGAGGGAACAUUCAGCACUACGUGCGCACAGUAGCUCUAUUAAGGGUGCUAAUCAACUAGCUGAGAGUCCAAAGGGAAGUGUGCCCAAGGCAGAUAAGUUCCAACCGUUUAUAAAAGAGGAAGUGCUUUCUGGUAUAUAUAAUGAUGUUUUCCCGUGCACUGCCGAGCAAUUUUUUGAAAUGCUUCUGAGUGAAGGCUCAAAUUUCACACAAGAGUAUCGUGCAGUAAGAAAGGAUUCAAAUCUCACUAUUGGUCAAUGGCAUUCUGCCGAAGAAUAUGAUGGUGAAGUUAGAGAAAUAAAAUUCAGAUCUCUUUGCAAUAGUCCAAUGUGCCCACCAGAUACAGCCAUGACGGAAUAUCAACAUGCUGUUCUCUCAUCAGAUAAAAAAAAGCUGGUGUUUGAGACUGUACAACAGGCCCUUGACGUCCCAUUUGGAUCGUAUUUUGAGAUUCACUGCCUGUGGUCUUUGGAAACUAUUUCUGAGUCCACGUGCUCCAUUGUUAUAAAAGCUGGUGCACAUUUUAAGAAAUGGUGCGUGAUGCAAUCUAAAAUCAAGGCUGGUGCAAUCAGCGAGUAUAAAAAGGAGGUGGAGCUAAUGUUAGACGUGGCUCGCACAUACAUAACUUCCAAAACUUCAGCAAAUGGUCAGAACAAUAUAGCUGUGUCUUCCCCAUCAGUUACUGAAGAGCUUUGACAAGGUCCAAUACAGAUAAAUGAUACUCCAUACAUAUAGAGCUCCAGUAUUUGUUUUGCCUUUUAAAUUGUCUGUUAAGACAUGUCCCUAAACAGAAACAGAUUUGUGUUCUGUUGGUAAUCCUUCUCAUCCAUAUAUGUUUUGUUUAUUUACAUGCGUCAUCUCUAUAGUGGAUAUAAGUGUGCCCAUUUGAAAUAUUUUUAAACAAAUCUUCGAGCAACUUCGUACCUCUCCCUGUAGGUCGAGAGACUUCGUACGCAAACGGUUUUGUUGCAUUCUCAAAUACUCUUUUAGUUAAAAGAAGAAUAUUAUUAUCGAAAUAAUUAUUUGAUGUGGGU